CCUCAACACAAACUUUCCGUCCCGCUCGCUCCCUCCUCCGCGCCCGGCGCCUCCCGCUCCAGCCCGGCUCAUUCCGCACAUUCCGGCCAGCCCCCUCCCCACGACCCCCCUUCCCUGGCCCCCCUCUCAGCCCCCUCGGGCCCAGCGGAGCGGCCUGGCCGGAGCGCCCCCCCGAGCUCGGACCAGGCGCAGGCUGCCCAGUGGGCUCAGGUCCAGAGCCCAGAGCAACCAGCACAAUAGCGUCCAACAGCUGGAACGCCAGCAGCAGCCCCGGGGAGGCCCGGGAAGAUGGGCCCGAGGGCCUGGACAAGGGGCUGGACAAUGACGCGGAGGGCGUGUGGAGCCCGGACAUCGAGCAGAGCUUCCAGGAGGCCCUGGCCAUCUACCCGCCCUGUGGCCGCCGCAAGAUCAUCCUGUCGGACGAGGGCAAGAUGUACGGUCGAAAUGAGUUGAUCGCACGCUAUAUUAAAUUGAGGACGGGGAAGACUCGGACGAGAAAACAGGUCUCUAGCCACUUGCAGGUUCUAGCCAGGCGGAAAUCUCGGGAGAUUCAGUCCAAGCUGAAGGCCAUGAACCUGGACCAGGUCUCCAAGGACAAAGCCCUCCAGAGCAUGGCGUCCAUGUCCUCCGCCCAGAUCGUCUCCGCCAGCGUCCUCCAGAACAAGUUCAGCCCACCCUCCCCUCUGCCCCAGGCCGUCUUCUCCACGUCCUCACGGUUCUGGAGCAGCCCCCCUCUCCUGGGACAGCAGCCUGGACCCUCGCAGGACAUCAAGCCUUUUGCACAGCCAGCCUACCCCAUCCAGCCGCCCCUGCCGCCGACGCUCAGCAGUUACGAGCCCCUGGCCCCGCUCCCCCCAGCUGCUGCCUCUGUGCCUGUGUGGCAAGACCGCACCAUUGCCUCCUCCCGGCUGCGGCUCCUUGAGUAUUCCGCCUUCAUGGAGGUGCAGCGAGACCCUGACACGUACAGCAAACACCUGUUCGUGCACAUCGGCCAGACGAACCCCGCCUUCUCGGACCCGCCCCUGGAGGCAGUGGAUGUGCGUCAGAUCUACGACAAGUUCCCCGAGAAAAAGGGUGGACUGAAGGAGCUCUAUGAGAAGGGGCCCCCUAAUGCCUUCUUCCUCGUCAAGUUCUGGGCCGACCUCAACAGCACCAUCCAGGAGGGCCCGGGAGCCUUCUAUGGGGUCAGCUCCCAGUACAGCUCGGCCGAUAGCAUGACCAUCAGCGUCUCCACCAAGGUGUGCUCCUUUGGCAAGCAGGUGGUGGAGAAGGUAGAGACCGAGUACGCCAGGCUGGAGAACGGGCGCUUCGUGUACCGCAUCCACCGCUCGCCCAUGUGCGAGUACAUGAUCAACUUCAUCCACAAGCUGAAACACCUGCCUGAGAAGUACAUGAUGAACAGUGUCCUGGAGAACUUCACCAUCCUGCAGGUGGUCACGAGCCGGGACUCCCAGGAGACCCUGCUUGUCAUUGCUUUCGUCUUCGAAGUCUCCACCAGCGAGCACGGGGCCCAGCAUCACGUCUACAAGCUCGUCAAGGACUAAGGUGCCCUCUGCCCUCACCACCAGGAUCCAGGAUGAGCAUCUUUUCUGCAUACCUGCCUGGCACCCCCAGAGGUCCAGGAUUGAGGACUCAUCCACCUGCCAGGCUUCAGGCCCAGGACCCAGGAGGCCUCCCCACCUACCCCCAGCACACACACUCCCUGCCACUGUUCUGCGCUUUAAUUGUGGGAGAAGAAAGGUGGGCUCAGCGGUGGGGCAGCUUGCCCGGGACGCUGAACCAGCAUCACCCAGCUCUGCCCAGCCUUGAAGGAAGGGGAGGACACCUUUGAGCUCAGGCGUGUGUGGCCACCGGCCCCUCGGGGGAGUGUGACAGGCGGGUGAGGGUAGAAUGGAGACUGAGGGAGUUGCAAUGCAGAGGCCCCAGCAAGGAGAGUAUUGAGUUGGGGUUGGGUUGAGAAGAAGAAAGGGGCCCAUGCUUUCUUUGUACCUGCUGUGUGCCGGGUCCCCAAUGUGCCUCGUGCCAUCCUCGGACCCUGCAAGGCACGCGUGGGUCUCGGUGUCUCUGAUGGCUCCGAGAAGUUGAGGGAUGGGCAGAGUUGGAGUUCUUACCCAGGGCUGCCUGUCCCCAGAACCCAGGUUUACACUACCUCCCUGGAGCGGGGCUGGCCACAAGGGGCUGGAGAGAGGGUCUGCGCUGAGGGGCUGGAGCCAGCUGGGUUGGGGGCCCAAACAGAGUGCCUCCUCCCAGAGCCCCUGACACAGGGGAGCAGCUGCUUCUGACUAGGCGGGAAGAGGG